UCUCAAGUUCUUCCUUCCUCUCUCUCUCUCUCUCUCAAACGCUCACAUCUUGUAGAGUUGUAGGAGGCACGCCGCGGCAGAAGCAGCAGCAAGACCCAGAAGCAGCAGAAAAUGGAGACUGCGAGAAAUGUGAAAGACGUGUCCCCCCACGAGUUCGUCAAGGCCUAUGCCGCUCACCUCAAACGCUCUGGCCAUGUCGAACUCCCUGAAUGGACCGAUCUUGUCAAGACAGCAACAUUUAAGGAGCUUGCUCCAUAUGACCCUGAUUGGUACUACAUUAGAGCCGCUUCCAUGGCAAGGAAGAUCUACUUGAGGGGGGGUCUUGGUGUUGGUGCAUUCAGAAGGAUCUAUGGAGGAAGCAAGAGGAAUGGCAGUCGUCCACCUCAUUUCUGUAAAAGCAGUGGUGCCAUUGCUCGUCACAUACUUAAGCAAUUGCAGAACAUGAAUAUUGUUGAGAUUGACACAAAGGGUGGGAGGAAGAUCACAUCCACUGGUCAGCGAGAUCUUGACCAGGUUGCUGGACGGAUUGCAGUUGCCCUUUAGAGAGAUUAAUGCAGGCGUGCUGAGGAUUAAAAGACUCUUGAGAACUUUAGAAUGUAGUUGUUUGAAGUCGAUAUAAGAAGACAUUGUUAUUUUUUUAUUUUCUCAUUUGGCUUCAAUACUUUUUUGAUGAACGUGGCUUCUAGGAGAGUUCACUAUGCUGGUUGUUUUCACUUUGUUGUCCUAUUGCUAAACCUAUUUUUUGAUAUUAUUAAUCAUUAAAUGGCUUAUAUUUUGGUUU